AAAUUCAAAGCAUUUGCUAGGCACUUCAUCAUACUCAAUAAUAGUGAAAGAAGAACACUAAGGGGCUGUUUGUUUCAGCCUCUUAAUGGUUCAGAUGUCUGAAUGGUUCAGCACUUAAUGGUUCAGACUGUUUGUUUCAGCCUCUUAAUGGUUCAGAUGUCUGAAUGGUUAAGAGAUUUGCCUCUGAAUGGUUAAAUAUUAUACAGAGUCUGAAUGGUUAAGACCUCUUAUCUGAAUUGAUCAAAUAUUUAAUUCUGAGGGGGCGUUUGGUUCGGGGUAAGGGAAUGGGAAACGGAAUAGGAUUUCCCCAUUCCCUCUUUGUUGUGGUUUAGUUUAAAAAAACAAUCAUUCCCUUUGGUUUUGGAUUCCCUGUUUUAAGGCUUUUCUCAACUUUCGGUUUUCUCACAGCUCCCCUUCCCCAACCUUAGAUUUUCAACUCCUCUUCUUCCUCGCCGAGUCGCCGCCACACUCCUUCCGUCCGCCACAGCCUCCAGUCCUCCAUGCAUCAUGUGACGCAGCUUUCCAACGCCCCUUUGCACACCGUCGUCUACCGUUCUUCUCCUCCGUCCAUCCAUUGAGCACAGUCGCAUCUACAAGUCUCCAUUUUUGUCCAAGAAUGGAUGUCGAGGGGGGGAUUAUGACUUCGCGGCAACUCACUCCAGAGGAACUGGAGAGGAAAAAAAAGAAAGAAGAGAAGGCUCAAGACAAAGAACGGAAGAAACUUAAGGCUGUGCAAAAGGCGGAAGCUUCUAAGUUUCAAACAAAGCCAACUUCUGGCGCUGAAAAGGCAGUGAAAAAGAAUUCUAAAAGAGACACUAGGGAAGAAAACCCCGAAGAUUUUCUUGAUCCUGAAACCCCGUUGGGACAGAAGAAAAAGCUUUCCCGUCAGAUGGCGAAGUCAUUCAAUCCUAAUGCUGUGGAGAAAUCGUGGUACCAGUGGUGGUCAAAAUCUAAUUUCUUCGUAGCUGAUCCAAAGAGUUCCAAACCUCCGUUCACGAUUGUUCUACCACCACCUAAUGUCACUGGAGAACUACACGUUGGCCAUGCCCUGACCAUUGCCAUCCAGGAUACAAUUAUACGAUGGCGAAGAAUGUCUGGGUAUAAUGUGUUGUGGGUUCCUGGUACAGACCAUGCAGGCAUUGCUACACAGGUGAAAGUGGAGGAGUGGCUUAUGGACAGAAAGCAAUUGACAAGGCAUGAUAUUGGCCGUGAAGAAUUUGUAUCUGAAGCUUAUAAGUGGAAGGAGAGAUUUGGUGGAACCAUUUUGAAACAACUUCGUAUAUUGGGUGCGUCCCUUGACUGGUCUCGUGAGUGUUUUACUAUGGACGAAAAAAGGUCCAGAGCUGUUUCCGAGGCUUUUGUGAGGCUUUACCAGGAAGGCCUUAUAUAUAGGGAUCUUCGGCUAGUGAAUUGGGAUUGUGCCUUGAGGACGGCAAUAUCUAGUGAGGAGGUGGUUAAAGUUCAAAUUAAAGAGAGAACACCAUUAAAGGUUCCCGGAUAUGAAAAUCCUGUUGAGUUUGGAGUUUUGACAUUAUUCGCUUACCCUUUGGAAGGGGAAUUAGGAGAGAUUGUGGUUGCCACUACCAGAGUGGAGACAAUGCUGGGAGAUACAGCUAUUGCCAUACAUCCUGAAGAUCCAAGAUACCAUCAUCUCCAUGGGAAAUUUGCAAUUCAUCCCUUUAAUGAGAGGAAAAUUCCAAUAGUUUGCGAUCCAAUAGCUGUCAUGGAAUUUGGGACUGGUGCUGUAAAGAUUACUCCAGCACAUGAUCCUAACGAUUUUGAGGUUGGUAAACGCCAUAAUCUGGAGUUCAUCAACAUUUUUACCGAUGAUGGGAAAAUUAAUGCCAAGGGGGGUCCAGAAUUUAGCGGAAUGCCACGUUUUGAGGCUCGCGUGGCUAUCAUUGAAGCUUUACGAAGAAAGGGCCUCUACAGAGGUGAUAAGAAUAAUGAGAUGAUCCUUAACAUGUGUUCACGAAGCAAUGAUGUUGUGGAACAUCUGAUUAAGCCUCAAUGGUAUGUGAACUGCAAAGAUAUGGGCAAGCAAGCUCUCGACGCUGUCACAGAUGAAGAAAACAUGAAAAUGUAUAUCCUCCCAAAACAGUAUACAGCUGAAUGGAAGAGAUGGCUUGAGAAUAUUCGUGACUGGUGCAUCUCACGGCAGAUUUGGUGGGGUCACAGGAUUCCUGCUUGGUAUGUGACUCUAGAUGAUGAUGAACUGAAGGAAUUUGGUUCAUAUAAGGAUCACUGGGUUGUCGCCAGAAAUGAGCAGGAGGCACAAGAAGAGGCCAGCAGGAUCUUUGGUGGACAAAUAUUUCAGCUUUCUCAGGAUCCUGAUGUUCUGGACACAUGGUUCUCUUCUGGGCUUUUCCCAUUAUCUGUGUUGGGCUGGCCUGAUGAUGCUGAAGACUUGAAGGCAUUUUACCCCACUUCUGUCCUUGAAACUGGACAUGAUAUUCUCUUUUUCUGGGUAGCUCGUAUGGUCAUGUUGGGAAUUAAGCUAGGAAGCGAUGUUCCAUUCAGAAAGGUCUAUCUGCACCCGUUGAUUCGUGAUGCCCAUGGACGCAAAAUGUCCAAGUCCUUGGGGAAUGUGAUUGAUCCUCUUGAUGUCAUCAAUGGGAUUACGAUUGAAGGACUUCUGAAGAAACUGGAGGAAAAAAUGAAGAAAAGAGACUUGGACUUGAAUAAAUUAAAGGUUGCUAAAGAGGAACAGAAGAAGGAAUUUCCUAAUGGUAUUCCUGAAUGUGGUACUGAUGCUCUUCGUUUUGCUCUGGUUUCAUAUACAGCUCAGUCUGAUAAAAUAAAUCUUGAUAUUCUAAGGGUGGUUGGAUAUCGUCAAUGGUGUAAUAAGUUGUGGAAUGCUACAAGGUUUGCCAUAAGCAAGCUCAGAGAUGAUUACACUCCUCCACCAGAUAUAGUCCCAAAUAUAAUGCCAUUUAGCUGUCAGUGGAUACUAUCGGUUUUGAAUAAAGCUAUUUCAAGAACUGUGUUAUCUUUAGAUGCAUAUGAAUUCUCUGAUGCAACAACUGCUGUUCAUCAAUGGUGGCAAUAUCAAUUGUGUGAUGUGUUCAUUGAAGUUAUUAAACCAUACUUUGCUAAUAGUGAUCCAGAAUAUGACUCUGCAAGAAAAUAUGCCCAAUAUACUCUGUGGGUUUGUUUGGAUAAUGGUCUGCGUCUGCUUCACCCGUUCAUGCCAUUUGUAACAGAGGAAUUAUGGCAGCGCCUCCCUUCAAGUAAUGAUUACAAGAAAGAAUCCAUAAUGAUAUCAGAUUAUCCAUCCCCAUAAGAGGAUUGGAGCAAUGAAAUUGUAGAAUAUGAGAUGAAAUUGGUCGAAUCUGUCGUGAAAGAGUUGCGGUCAAUGAGAUCUUUGAUACCUAAGAAGGAAAGACUUGAGAGGCGAGAAGCUUUUGUGCGUGGUCAAGUGAAUGAUGAUGUAGAGAUCAUCAGAAAGCAUGAGCUCGAGAUUAGAACACUCGGCAACCUGUCAUCUUUAGAGGUCCUAAAUGAGAACGAUGGUGUUCCGGCUCGAUGUGUGAUAGGGUUUGUCAACGAAACACUUUCUGUUUUCCUCAAGACACAAGGGACCAUUGAUGUGGACGCCGAACGUGAAAAGCUAAAGAAAAAGAUAGAGGAUAUCAAAAAGACGCAUGAUAACUUGUCUAGGACAAUGUUGCUAGGCUUGCAUCUUACUUGCAAGAACUAUGCUCAUUGGAGGAGGUAAGUAAGCACCUUGGCCUUGAAAGCACUAAUGAAUCAUUCUAGAUGGAGUUAACUAUUUAGAUCAAGCUUAAUUCUUUACAAAAGUGCUAAAAACCCACUAGGUUUGACACCAAGUGUUUCAUAGACGCACAAACAAUGAUUGUAUGUGAAUUUCUGUGAAACAUUUGGCCUUAAACUCUUGGUGUCAAAUUUGGUGGGUUUCUAGCAUGACUCUAUAUUUAAAUUAAUUGUUUAUUUAAUCAAAUCAUCAAAUUAAUAAUAACAAUCUUAUCUUUAAUUCUAUGUAA